AUGUUCGGAGGAUUCGCCCCCCCUCAGCAAUCACAGGAGGAGAUCCGCGCCCUCGAGGCCGACGCCGCCUUUACUGUCCAGGGUGCCAUCACCACCGCUGUUCUUCUGUACCUCUCUCCCUUCGCUCUCGACCUUGUCGGCAAGAUCUUCUAG